GAACACGUUCAUACAUGACUAGCGCCCUGUUUUGUACUAAUUUCUUGAAGAGUUGCGGAUACAGAGAAAGAAGAAUGCCAAGGUUCGACAUCUUUAAAAGCGAAACGUUUCAUCUUUAUCGAAAAAUUGGUGGAUUGUAUUGAACAUUUGUGUAGGGCAUUGUCAUCGGCUGUGGAUGGAAGUGGGCUGAAGCACAACUUGCUGUGCCGUGUGAUAUUGGGGAAGGCGGAAAUGGUGUCGCCGGGCUCAAGCAAUCGCAACCGAGCUGCAAGGAGGUGGACAAUCUGGUCAAUCCGAGAAGAUAUGUUGUUUGGAGUGCUAUCGUGAACUCUCACAUUUAUCCUUGCUAUGUGAUCGCUUUCAAGGCUCCCAGCACUCUCCCUAAUGGUUAGUAGCUCAAUUCGAAAUUCGAAUUGGUAAUUUGGUUUGUGUUCUUUGGUUGGUUGUUUGGUGGAGAUUUCAGGUUUUCCAAAUGAGAUUUAACUCUGGUUUUGUAUGUUCAGUUGUUUCAGGUGUUCCAACUAUGCAGCAGAGUGCUUUGAGACCACCCCCAACAUCUCCCUGGAUGACCUUCCCUGCUCUGAUGUCCGUUCUCUCGAAGUUCUUGCCUCCUCAGAAAAUGCAGUUGCUUGUUGCUUGUCACAACGAAUUCAGAGCAAACAAGGUAACGCGUGCGCAGCUGAUACAGAGGGUGAGGCAGAUUGCCGGUGACAGGCUGUUGAUUGGAGUGAUCAAAUCUGUCAAGAGGCAGAUUGGUGCCAGGGCAGAUGCAUAACGUUGUUUGGUGAGCAACCCUUCGGGCUUUACUUUCGGAUACACAGAUUUAGUUACGAUUUAGACAGUGUCACCGAAAGGUGUUUGCUUCUUCAUUGCAUCAAUUCUCGUUGAUUUGCUCUUUAAUGAAUCAAAACUCGAAAUCAAAAUCGAAAUCGAAGUAUACAGAUUGGUUCUCAAAAAUGGUGGUUUCUGGUUCUUUCUUCAUUUGUAGCAGUGACCGACUUUGAAUUGGCAAUAUGUGAAGAAAGUACAACUUGGGUUUCUAUUCAGCAGUGUGAAUGACAAAGUGGCCCUUUUUUGUUGACUUUUGUCGGCUUUGACCGGCUGAGUUGCUUGAUCAGCAAGUAUACUAACCCC